AUGGCAGAAAAGCGCGACAUGUUUGGUAUUGGUUAUCACCCGACAACAUGCAAGGUGAGUCCGAAGAAAAAGCAAUUCAACCCGGUCAAGUUCAACAACACCGACUAUCAAAGUGAGCACACUGUGGAAGUCAUUGGAGAGUCCAGUGGCAACAAGCCAGGGGCACCCAGCUUUGUUCACAGAUGUCCUCCAGGAUUCAAGCUUCCCAACUGGGCAGCCACCAUGAUCCCUAUGGUGUACUCGGAAAAAACAGCAAAUAAAACCAUUGAUUAUGACACGGCUAAAAUCAACUAUGAAUCUGGACUUCCAAUCAACCAAGCUGAAGACGGCAUUGAGGAAGAUUGCGAAUUACCAGCUGAACUAGCACGGCUCCUUGAGCAUGAAGAGAAAGAGAUUCAGCCAUACAAAGAACCAGUGGAUGUCAUUAACUUAGGUUCUGAAACUGACAGAAAAGAAGUAAAAGUGGGGGCAUCUCUUUCCGAGCAUGUUCUUGCUACGAUUUUAACUUUGUGGUUAGCAGACAAAUCUGGUCGCCGGCUUUUACUUAUUGUUUCUUCAUCUGCAAUGGCUUUGAGUCUUUUGGUUGUUUCAAUAUCAUUCUACUUGAAGGAAUAUAUAUCACCAGAUUCUGAUUUAUAUGCGACAUUGAGCCUCGUAUCGGUGGCUGGAGUUGUGAUCAUGGUUAUUGCAUUCUCUCUGGGAUUAGGAGCAAUGCCAUGGAUUAUAAUGUCUGAGAUUCUUCCGAUUAACAUCAAAGGCCUAGCUGGAAGUUUUGCAACACUUGCCAAUUGGUUCUUUUCCUGGUUGGUUACAUUAACAACAAAUUUGCUCUUGGAUUGGAGUUCGGGAGGAACCUUCACAAUAUAUACUGCAGUGUGUGUUUUCACAGUAGGAUUUGUUGCCAUUUGGGUCCCCGAGACAAAGGGAAAAACUCUUGAAGAAAUACAAUAG